AUGGAGAACCAGGAAAAGCGCGCCAAGCUGACGGCAGUGGACGCUGCUGAUGACGAUGAUGGCGCUGUGGAGGUGAAGCAGCAGGAGAGGGGAGCAGCAAAGGCAGCAAAGGCGAGAGGGGUGAAGUUUCAGCUGGACGAGGAGCAGGAAGCGCGGGAGAUUGAGAAGCAGCGACGAGCGGCUAUUCAGAAACAGUACCAGGAGGCCUCAGCCACCGAGGACGAGGAGCAACUGGGGCCAUGGCUGUCCUGGGCAGACCAGGCCAUCAACGUCACGCUUGUCUCGAGCUCCAAGACGCUGAGCAAGGAUGUGGAAGUGGCUGCAUACCAUCCGGAGUUUACGCAUCAAGUCAUCGGAGAAACGGAGAAGAUCUAUGGCUACGAGGACUUGCAGGUUGAGGUCAUGUACAGCGCCGGCGCGCUCUCGUCUUACGUUGGCAUCGACUACGAGGACCGGGUGGACAACGAAGACAAGGACGCAGAGCCGGACAAUGUGAUCAAGUCCAUCAUCGACUGGAUGCCACCAACGUGCACGACUGACAGAAGCAAGUUCCUGCAGCAGUGCGAUGCAGACAGGAAGGCAUUCAAGCCCGUUGGCGACGUGGUCUUUGAAGGGAAAGGCAAGCAGGACGAAACGCUGCAGGUGUACCUGGCGAGUGCGGACACGAGCGGAUUUGUGGACUAUCACUCCCGUGCACAGACGCUGGCGGUGUGGAGCAUUGAGCAGGCCACGUGGCUCGACCUCACAGACACCAACUGGCGCGUCUUCUAUCUGUUCAAGAAGGACACGACGGAUGACGGGGACGUAUACUCGCUGCUAGGAUUCUCAACUGUGUACCGCUAUUACGUCUUCCCAGACAAGAUCAGGCCUCGCAUCAGCCAACACCUGGUGCUGCCGCCGCACCAGCGUCGCGGCUACGGGACGGUGCUGUAUGAGGCCGUGGCCGCGCACCUCCGCACACUCGACGACGUGGUGGACAUAACGGUGGAGGCACCUGUGCCUGCGUUUGAAGUCAUCCGCGACAAGAUUGACUGCAAGGAAUGCCUCAAGCUCCCGUUUGUCGCCGACUUUGAUUUUGACACCACCGGUCCACAGCCCUUUGUGGACCACGUCAGGGAGAAGCUCAAGUUGAGCAAGAAGCAAGGCCGACACGUAUACGAGCUGCUUCAUUUCCUCGCAGUCGUCAACGGAAAGGCCUCUGAGGAGACAUUCCUGCAGCGGUUGAAGGCGCGCCUGUAUCGCCCGCACCACCAUGAACUUGCGGUGAAGAACAAGUUGCGGUCAAAGCUCUCGGAACAGGAGCAGCGUCUUAUUGACCAGCAGCAACAGGCACUGAAGCUGACCAUUGAGGACCAAUCAAAGGCCGUCUGUCGCGAUUACGCAGCGAGACUCCAACCAAAGGAGUGA